UUUUUUCUUCCUCCUUGUGCCAAUGUGUAACCAUAGAGUACAAGUCAGCCCCACUCAUGCGAAAUGCUUAGCAAGUCGGGUUCACCAUUGGCAGCCGAACGUAGCCGAGAAAAGACGACCCUUAACACGACCAUGGGGACCGGAUUCCGCACGAAUAGUCUGAGCUUGCGCGGUGCUUUCAAAAGGCGCGUCCUGGCUCGGUCGUCUGACCGCGGUUGGGCUUUUACUCGUCGACGAGCUUUCGUGCUGGAGCGUGCGCGUCUCUCAUCGUAGCGAGAAAGAGAUAGAAGAAAGAAGGAGAGAGCGGUCUCGUUCGCGUCCGGCCGGGUCAGCACAUACCAAUCCCACAAGUAGCAGAGACGCCGUAUCCAGGAAGGUUAGAUAUAGAGUUGUCUCGCACGCGAAAAUGUAACGAUCUUAGUAGUGGAGCCGGUUGUCUGGAAAAUUGACUUGGAUAGAAGAGGAGAAAGAAGUGAUAUCCCUUUCUCCGUGUCGCGGCUCGCGAGUGAAGGCAUCUUGCAGAGAGGAUCCAUGGCGUGAAGCAUCGGCACAGUUCAUUGAAUUAUUCUGCACGGAAGUCUGAAGCUCGAGAAAAAUCAGGAUGAUCGGUGCGAUGCCAGCGGUGGCAGUCCGCCACGAACGUAAGCGACAGGAAAAAAGAUUAAAACGUCCUAGUCAGCUUUACAUAGGGGGCCAAUGGAUGCCACCGCCUCAAGGUUCGCCGCCUACUCCCAGCCCUCAUGGCUACAACAGCCACCUGGAGCCUUUACCCGAGUUGUAUUUCUGUGGCAAGAUAUCCGGGCUACACGCGGUGGUGGUGUGCCUAUUGUUAGGCGCAGUGGUGCUAGUCGUUGGUCUAGUCCAACUUGCCCCGGGUGCGACGACCACCGACCAUAGACUCGCUCUGCUCAUAGCCGGCAGUAUUCUGCUUCUCCUAGGUAUCAUCCUGGCCGCUGUUAGAUGCUACGUGCUGCACUGUGUGCCAUUGCCAAGCGAGUCGCCAGUGGCAACACCACUUCCGCCACCAGCUGCCGAGCAACCUGGACUUCCACGAGGCACGCUGGACCUCCUGGUGGGCCAUCAGAAUCAACCAGAAACCGAUGCAUUGAUGCACCCCGAGCACCAUCACCAGUAUCACCACCACCACCAUCAUCACCAUCACGGAAAUCACAAGAAGAAGCGUAGCUCGCAGGGUUCUCACUCCUACGAAGCCUAAUGA